GGGGCUGCCGGGGUUUCAGACACACAGUGACAGGACGCUGGGCUGCGGGACGCUCAGUGAGGCCAGUAUGACCCCGGCGGUGACCCCCCGCCUGCUCGCAGCGUGUGAGGCGUCUCGAGGAUGAUUGACAGCUGCUGCUGGUGACUCCCAGGAUGCCCGUGGUGCCAGUGGGCGGGUCUUCCUCCCACCACGUGGUGCCCGUCGCCCUCACCUGUUCCUGGCUGCUCGUGUUCUUCCACGCCGCCUUCGGCCAGAAACCCGCCAAGUUGCCUCUGCUCGGCCGGAAGCCCUUCCUGGCGGCCUGGAACGCGCCGCUCGACAUGUGCACCAUCAAGUACAACGUGACCGCCAACCUGGACCGCCUCUUCCACAUCCACGGCAGCCCGCGAGCCACGCGCACCGGCCAGAACGUCACCAUCUUCUACGCCAACCGGCUGGGCAACUACCCGUACUACACGGAGCAGGGCGUGGCCGUGCACGGCGGCCUGCCGCAGAACUGCAGCCUGGACUUCCACCUGUUCAAGGCCUACCAGGACAUCACGCACUUCAUCCCCGCAGAGGACUUCCGCGGCCUGGCCGUCAUCGACUGGGAGUUCUGGCGGCCGCAGUGGAGCCGCAACUGGCACAAGAAGGACAUCUACCGGCGCAAGUCACGCGAGCUGAUCGCCAAGGCCUACCUGAACGUGACCGCCGCGCAGGUGGAGGAACUCGCCCGCAAGCGCUUUGAGAAGAGCGCUCGGGCCUUCAUGCAGAGGACCAUCCAGCUGGGCACUCGCCUCCGCCCCAACGGCCUGUGGGGCUUCUACCUCUACCCCGACUGCCACAACUACAACCUGCACAACAGCAACUACACGGGCCUCUGCCCCCUGCUGGAGCGGCUGCGCAACGACGAGCUGCUGUGGCUGUGGAACAGCAGCACGGCGCUCUUCCCCUCCGUGGCCAUCAGGAAGAGCCACACCAACAGCAUCAGCAACCUGCGCUUCGCCCAGCACCGCAUCCGCGAGGCGCUGCGCGUCGCCUCGCUCACCUCCCGGGAGUACGACCUGCCCACCUACGUGUACCUGAGGCUGGGCUACCGGGACGAGGCCAUGGCCUUCCUCACCACCAAAGACCUGGUCCACACGAUCGGCGAGAGCGCUGCUCUGGGAGCAGCUGGCUUUGUGAUCUGGGGAGACCUGAACCUCACCUCGUCCAGGUUCAACUGCACCAAGGUCAAGUGGUUCCUGAGCCGCCGGCUGGGUCAGUACAUCACCAACGUGACGCGAGCCGCCGAGGUCUGCAGCGACUUCCUGUGCCAGGGGAACGGCCGCUGCGUCCGCCGGGAUCCCCGCGCCCGCCACUACCUGCACCUGAGCGCCGACAGCUACCACAUCCAGCCGUCCGGGGACGGAGACUUCACCGUCAGCGGCUGGCACUCGCAGCACGAGCUGCAGCUGCUGGCCGAGAGGUUCCGCUGCCACUGCUACGAAGGCCACGCCGGGGAGAAGUGCGACAGCCUGAACAAGGUGGUGGAGGACGACCUGGACUGGAGGGACAAGGACAAGGAGCAGGAGGAGCGCUGGAGGACAGACUGGGAGGACGAGCAGGGCGACCAAGGGGACGGGCAGGACAGCGCGGCGGCGCCCGGCGGCUGCAGCGUUUCCCUGAUGCUGCUGCUGCUCCUGUUGAACCUGUCGCUCGUCAGGACUGUGGUAUGAUGCUCCGUGAAGGAGGAAGUGUCGUUUUCAACAUGGCUGCCUGCGCGGGUGCUACUUCACUGUCAGCACGGACAUAUCAGCGCUGUGCUGACUAUAAAAGCUGUUGUACCUUUAAAUCUGUGUGUGUGAGUCAGUGCUGGAGGAAACAGACGCUUGUGUGAGAACCAAAAAAGCAAAAGAGAUUAGUUUUCUACCUCUGGGCACAAAAUGAUUGAAUCAACAAAAGUUAAAUGUUCAGGAAAUAAAAAGUAUUUAUAUGGUUAAUGAAAUUUUAAAUCACAUGCAGGUGAGCAGGUUCAAACCGUGUCCACAGGUGUUAUGUUUUCUCACAGAUACAAACCUCCUGUUUUUAGUGACUUUUCUGUUUUAAAUGAAAGAAUCUCCUCUGUGGCUUCAGACAAUCAAACAACCCUUAGAACCCAACCCUUAGAAGAAAACCUUUCAAAAGAUACUAAAGCCAUUAGAUGAACUACGAAACACACACACAGGCUGCUUUUGACAUUUUUGCAGGUACAAAGUUUUCACCAGACAGCAAUGACGCAUUAACACACAACCGUUAGCACACGAGUUUGUAGUGUGUGUUGGAAAUGACACACCUCCCUCUGAACGGGGUGAAGGCACUUUACACACACACACACACAGACACACACACACACACACACA